UUAAAGGGCCCGCUCUCCGUGCCGCCCUGGGAGCCGCAGCUGGUCCCGGCCUUGCGGCCUGCGGGGGAGGCUGCCCGGAGGAGGCGGCGACGGUGGCGGCGGCUGUACGUCCCCGGCCCCCUGGACCGCAGCUUUCUUACUGCCAGGUCUAUCCAUCUGUCCAUCCAUCCGUGGGGGUCCACAAUGGCCACCUUCAGCCGCCAGGAAUUUUUCCAGCAGCUGCUGCAGGGCUGUCUCCUGCCUACUGCCCAGCAGGGCCUUGACCAGAUCUGGCUGCUCCUUGCCAUCUGCCUCGUCUGCCGCCUCCUGUGGAGGCUUGGGUUGCCAUCCUACCUGAAGCAUGCAAGCACCGUGGCAGGCGGGUUCUUCAGCCUCUACCACUUCUUCCAGCUGCACAUGGUUUGGGUCGUGCUGCUCAGCCUCCUGUGCUACCUCGUGCUGUUCCUCUGCCGACAUUCCUCCCAUCGCGGCGUCUUCCUCUCCGUCACCAUCCUCAUCUACCUACUCAUGGGUGAGAUGCACAUGGUGGACACCGUGACAUGGCACAAGAUGAGAGGGGCCCAGAUGAUUGUGGCCAUGAAGGCGGUGUCUCUGGGCUUCGACCUGGACCGGGGUGAGGUGGGUGCAGUGCCCUCGCCCGUGGAGUUCAUGGGCUACCUCUACUUCGUGGGCACCAUCGUCUUUGGGCCCUGGAUAUCCUUCCACAGCUACCUACAGGCCGUCCAAGGCCGCCCGCUGAGCCGCCGAUGGCUGCAGAAGGUGGCCCGGAGUCUGGCGCUGGCCCUGCUGUGCCUUGUGCUGUCCACCUGUGUGGGCCCCUACCUCUUCCCGUACUUCAUCCCCCUUGAUGGUGACCGCCUCCUUCGCAACAAGAAACGCAAAGCCAGGGGCACCAUGGUAAGGUGGCUGCGAGCCUAUGAGAGCGCUGUCUCCUUCCACUUCAGCAACUAUUUUGUGGGCUUUCUGUCCGAGGCCACGGCCACGUUGGCGGGGGCUGGCUUCACCGAGGAGAAGGAUCACCUGGAAUGGGACCUGACGGUCUCUAAGCCACUGAACGUGGAGCUGCCCCGGUCCAUGGUGGAAGUUGUCACAAGCUGGAACCUGCCCAUGUCUUAUUGGCUAAAUAACUAUGUUUUCAAGAAUGCUCUCCGCCUGGGGACCUUCUCAGCUGUGCUGGUGACCUAUGCAGCCAGUGCCCUCCUGCACGGCUUCAGCUUCCACCUGGCUGCGGUGCUGCUGUCCCUGGCGUUUAUCACUUACGUGGAGCACGUCCUCCGAAAGCGCCUGGCUCGGAUCCUCAGUGCCUGCAUCUUGUCGAAACGGUGCCCACCAGACUGUUCACACCAGCAUCGCUUGGGCCUGGGGGUGCGAGCCUUAAACCUGCUCUUUGGGGCCCUGGCCAUCUUCCACCUGGCCUACCUGGGCUCCCUGUUCGAUGUUGAUGUGGACGACACCACAGAGGAGCAGGGCUACGGCAUGGCAUACACUGUCCACAAAUGGUCAGAGCUCAGCUGGGCCAGUCACUGGGUCACUUUUGGAUGCUGGAUCUUCUACCGUCUCAUAGGCUGAGGCACAUCUGUGGACCCUCACAACUCUCUCAAGAC